AUGAGCAGCCUGUCCAAUAUGAUCAGCCUGUCCAAUAUGAGCAGCCUGUCCAAUAUGAUCGGCCUGUCCAAUAUGAGCAGCCUGUCCAAUAUGAGCAGCCUGUCCAAUAUGAUCAGCCUGUCCAAUAUGAGCAGCCUGUCCAAUAUGAGCAGCCUGUCCAAUAUGAUCAGCCUGUCCAAUAUGAGCCGCCUGUCCAAUAUGAGCCGCCUGUCCAAUAUGAGCAGCCUGUCCAAUAUGAGCAGUUUGUCCAAUAUGAGCCGCCUGUCCAAUAUGAGCAGCCUGUCCAAUAUGAGCAGCCUGUCCAAUAUGAGCAGCCUGUCCAAUAUGAGCCGCCUGUCCAAUAUGAUCGGCCUGUCUAAUAUGAGCAGCCUGUCCAAUAUGAUCAGCCUGUCCAAUAUGAGCCGCCUGUCCAAUAUGAUCGGCCUGUCCAAUAUGAUCGGCCUGUCCAAUAUGAGCAGCCUGUCCAAUAUGAGCAGCCUGUCCAAUAUGAGCAGCCUGUCCAAUAUGAGCCGCCUGUCCAAUAUGAUCAGCCUGUCCAAUAUGAGCAGCCUGUCCAAUAUGAGCAGCCUGUCCAAUAUGAGCCGCCUGUCCAAUAUGAUCGGCCUGUCCAAUAUGAUCGGCCUGUCCAAUAUGAUCGGCCUGUCCAAUAUGAGCAGCCUGUCCAAUAUGAGCAGCCUGUCCAAUAUGAGCCGCCUGUCCAAUAUGAUCGGCCUGUCCAAUAUGAGCAGCCUGUCCAAUAUGAGCAGCCUGUCCAAUAUGAGCCGCCUGUCCAAUAUGAUCGGCCUGUCCAAUAUGAUCAGCCUGUCCAAUAUGAUCAGCCUGUCCAAUAUGAGCCGCCUGUCCAAUAUGAUCGGCCUGUCCAAUAUGAUCAGCCUGUCCAAUAUGAUCAGCCUGUCCAAUAUGAGCGGCCUGUCCAAUAUGAUCGGCCUGUCCAAUAUGAGCAGCCUGUCCAAUAUGAGCAGCCUGUCCAAUAUGAGCCGCCUGUCCAAUAUGAUCGGCCUGUCCAAUAUGAGCAGCCUGUCCAAUAUGAGCAGCCUGUCCAAUAUGAGCAGCCUGUCCAAUAUGAGCCGCCUGUCCAAUAUGAUCGGCCUGUCCAAUAUGAGCAGCCUGUCCAAUAUGAGCAGCCUGUCCAAUAUGAAUUAG